AUGCGUGAGGAGCGCGAGUACCGGGGAGCGGAGCAGCCGCCGGGCCACCAGUCGACGGCAGGACGCAACCCGCCGUCCUAUGUGCCGCCGUCACAGAGGAGGCGAGAGCAACCUUACGCAGAGCCGUCACGGCCGGCAAUUGAGCAGCAGCCGGCCCAUGGACCGAAUCUGCAUGGAGGCGUCCAGGAUGAUUGGCAGGCGACGCCGCCGCCACCGGGAGGAGCACCACCAAUCGGUGGCAGCCUCGCCAUACUGGGAGGAGCUGCACGGCCGAGCCGGAAACGCUUCGGAGCCAGAAAGGACACCGAGACCAGGACGCGUCGGGCCUCAGACCGGCCGGGUGCGCAUGACCCGCACUCGCAUCCGCACCAGCACACACCGGGAGGAGCUGCACCGCCACGCGGGAGCAGCACCACCGCACUGGAAGGAGCAUCGCCACGCAGGGUCGGCGUCCCCAACGCAAAGACUAUCGAGCCCGUCAGCACGCUCAAGCAAGGAGAUCGCAUGGAGGGGGAGUCGAGCGGGAGUGCGCCGCCGUCGGGGAAGAAGGGGCACGCGGGGCAGUCGAUACUCCUCCGGGAGGAGAAGAAGAAGAAGAAGCCGGUAGCGUUCUGCCUCACCGCGUGCUGCAUCAUCUUCUGGCUUCUGGUGAUCUGCAUCGGCCUCGCCAUUCUGGUGGUCUACCUCCUCUACCGCCCGCAGCCGCCCCGGCUGCGCGUGACCACUGCGACCCUGAACGCGGGGUCCAUCGACCAGCUCCCUCCACCCCACGGCGGGCUGGUGCUCAACUCCGACCUCUACGUGCUCGCCGCCAUCUACAACCCCAACACCAAGAUCGACGUCGUGCUGCACUACAUGCAGCUGAACCUCUACUUCCACGGCAGGCUGAUCGGGACGCAGGCGGUCUGGCCGCCGAUGCACGAGGAACCCGGCGACUCCGUGCUCCGCAGUGUGCACCUGGUGGUGAGCGAGGUGACCAUGACGCGGGAGGACGUCGCGGUGUGGGAGAACGCCACAACCAAUGGCGGGCCCGUGGCGAUGCAGCUCGUCGGCAGGUUCCACGCGCAGCUCAACUUCGGCCGCUGGCUCCCGUUCAGGUACUGGGUGUACCCGACCUGCACCCUCUGGCUCAAUCCGCCGCCAGGCGGCGCGCUGCGCAGGGCGCGGUGCCGACACUGA